CAAGUUUUUCCAUAUGGUGUGUUUCAAAGAGUAAUUGCCUAUUUAAUUCACAUGGAAUUCAUUGCGAAAUAGGUUUUGAGAAGGGGCAUGUAAAAUUCAAGAAAAUCUCUUUUCAAACUCUUCACUGCAUUAUUCCUCGAUGUAUGCCUUCGAAGUUUUUCAAUAAAAUAUUCAUAAUGCCGAACACAUUCUUUUUGAGAGAUUAGUCACGAUGGAGCGCGUAACGAUGUUGGACCCUACAAAAAACCCCAUAAAAGGGUUUAAAAUGAUUUUAACAGUCAGUAGUAUUCAAAUUUACGACAAAAAGUACGCCCUGGUUAUCCCAAUCGCCUGGUUGAUUUGUAGUUUCAUUUCAUUAAUAUUUUUUAUCAUUACGAUAAUGAAAAUCAAAACUGCAGAUGAUAUAUUUGCAUUUGUUCAUCAUUUUGUUGUAUAUUUGUCCUUUAUCAAUUCAGUUAUAUGGUCUUAUUACAAGAGAGACAACUGGGACAGACUAAUAGAUGGUACACAUAUAACGUUUGAAUAUCGAAGUGAAAUAAUGUAUAAGAAAGUUGCUGAAAUGACAAAACCCAGAAAAGAAUGGCUGCAGAAAAUAUUAAAUUUGUCGAUUUUUUUUCUGAUCUUCAACAUCCUAAAUAUCUGGUUGUAUUCGUUUAUUGAGAAAAUUCAAGGAAACAAACCUCAUUUAAUUUUGUUUCCUGUCUUUCCGCCUUUUGAUAUGGAUUAUUUGCCAUGGCAAUUGGUCGUGCUUUUGUGGCAGCAACAAGUGAUUUCGGCUAUGCUUUUUACCGUUUACGGAGUUCUUGGGGCACUGACGAUAUUUUAUGAUUAUAUAUCAAAUGAAAUCAGCUUAUUGAAAUUUGCUAUGCUUCAUAUAGAAGAAAGAGCAAAAGAAAUGAUGAAAACGACCAAAAUGAAAUAUCAAAAUCUUACAGAACAGGAGUUGUAUAAAAAAUGUUUGAUCGCUUGUACAAACCAAUGUGCGAAACAUCAUUCAAUUAUAUAUGAUUAUUAUUUAAACGCUAUUCAAGCAGUAAGGUACACAUAUUUCAUUGUUGUGAUAGUAGGGAUAGUCGCAUUAGUCUGUGGUGGUGCAACAAUAAUAUUUGGUUCUAUGAACAUAAAGACUAAAUUUUUUGGAAUGAUAAUUGCCACACUGAUUUUCUUAUAUCUGGCAUUUUGGUUUGGGAAUGAAGUUCGUGAUUUGAGUGAUACAAUACCAUGGAUUGUAUACGACAUAAACUGGUUGGAACUUCCAAAAGAGUGUCAUAGCACGUUGAGAAUCAUGAUGACGAGGUCGAUGAAACCAAUGGCACUUACGACUUCCCUGGGUCAAAAUGUCGACUUGGAGAAUUUCAUGGGACUCGUUAAAGCUGCUUACUCUUACUUCAACAUGAUUUAUCAAGGCAGCCAACAGGGAAUGUUCUGAAAAUCAAUUUU